UGCCGCAGUGGUGAACCGUCACUUGGCAACCACAAAACCAUGGGCGGAGUAUGUAGCUAUUGGACGGUGGUCGUGCCUACAAAGUCCCCUGCAGAGGCCAUGGCGGAGCAGUGGUUGUUUGCGCUGCCCAUGGGAAACAACUUCUUUGCUCGACUGGACUGCAUCCGUUUCGACCGUGGGUGGCUGUUCUUGGCUUGCUGCUUGGUUCAAUUCUGCGCCGGAUUCAUUUACUCGUUCAUGAUGCUCGCCGACAGUUUGGACGUGUAUUUCUACGGCAAAGUGACUAAGGCGUCCAGUCGCGUGAUGCUGCUGGCGUAUGUUUGCUUGGGGGUGUCCGCCGCCCUCGCCGGUCCGUUUGUGGAGCGUCGGGGGCCUCGGUAUACCAUGGUGGUGGGAACUGUAGUUGUGGCGUGGGGCCAAGUUUUGUCCCAGCUGGCCAUUUCGUACAAGACGCCGCUCUUGCUCCUCCUCGGUUUUGGAGUGUUGGGGGGACUAGGCUUUGGCCUGCUUUUGAUUGCGUCGAUCGCAACAGUACAGAAAUGGUACCCCGACAUGCGAGGCGCCGCGUCUGGACUGUGCAUUUUUUCCUUUGGUGUUGGAAAUGGGGCGUUUAUCAAGGCUACGUCAAUGCUGCUGAAUGUGCCGGUGGGGGCCAUUACAGUGGUGCUCACCGGCCAAGGCAUGACGAAAGUGUUUUGGACCACAGGCGUGUUCAUUGUGGGAGUGUUGGUCGUUUGCACGCUGGUGCUUCGAACGCCACCUGUAUCGUACACUGUCAAAGGGAAAGACAUUCAUAAUGUCGAUACACACCGAGCCCCCAACCCCUCGCUGGUACAAGAUGAGUACCUAAAUGUUGGAAUGACGCUGGUCAACUAUACGGUGGUGCAGCACGAGCUGAACGGAUCCGAUGGAUUCUACUUCCAGCAAGUCAAAGCUAUGACGCUGCUCCAGUGCAUCGCUUCGACAGAUUUCGUCUGUUUAUACGUGGCAUUUACAGCGAAUAUCAUGCCGAUUUUGAUCUUUUUGCCGGAAAUUCGACAAUUCGCCAUUCAAAUCAUCGGGAUGCAGACCCAAGACCAAGUGAAUUCGUUCUUCGUCAACAUUUAUGUUGGGAACCUAGGCGGUCGGCUCGCCGCCCCGCUGCUGUCGGACCUGCUCAUUCGCGUGUCUUAUGCCAACCCAGCUUAUGCAAGAAAGCUCAUGUUUCUGGGUCUGUUGGUUCUGCAGUGCCUUGCCUUGAUCUUUCUACCGAGCCAGCUGCACAACCCCAUUGCCGUCCAGCGCCUAGCCAGCGUCCUGACCUCGGCAGCAGGAGGGGGCCUGGCCCUCAUCCCGUGCUUCAUCACCGACAUGUUUGGCGUGUACAAUGCGGGCACCAUGUAUGGAGUGAUCUGGACCUGCUGGACCCUGGGGGCCGUCGUGUCUGGAUACUUUCUGUCCAACCAACUGUUUUCGGUCGAGAGUGUGUGUGACCAGCUGUACUGGAUGCUGAUUUUAACCGGCGUCGGCUGCGGCAUGAUGAUCUUUGUGCGCACCAACUCGAUGGACAGAUUUUUCUGCGGGUACCAGUUCAGUGCAUUUGGGAAGGUGCUCGUGCAAGUGCCGUUCCAACUGCCCCCAAGAGAUACCAUCCUGGAUUUAGACCGAGAGAACCACAGCGUCGUGACGAUGCUCACACCUACAAGCCAAGGCAGCGAUCGUGGGCUUAUACUGUGGAAUGCUGAAACCGAUGGAAAAGAUCACGAAAAUCAAGCGCAGCGGGACUUUAGUUCAUAAAUAUCUGUACGAGAAUGAAUUGGUUGUAUAUUGAUAUUGUGAAUUCGCAAUAAACUUCUAAAUUUCGC